AGUUUGGUAUUAGCAAUAUACUCUAUAUAUGAAUGAACCGAACUAAUAUUAUAAAUUGAGAAUGAAUCAAGCGUACGAGCUUGAAUACAACGACACAUAUGAAACUGCAAUCCGUUACGAGAAUCAACGAGUUGCUGUGGGAGCGAGGCCUAUUCCGACAAUUUCAAGUGAUCCCAAAAAAGAAAUUCCUGUUAAAAAUGAAAACAAAAACGUGAAAACUACCAUUCACUAUGUCUUUGUUUGGAUUGGAUUUGCAAUGCUGGCCGGAAUGCUUAUUGUUGUCAUUGUACAGCAAAAUAAACAUUACCAGGAAGACGGUCGUCUUAAAACUACUACUACUGUUCAGCAAACAACAACUCCUAGCAGCAGAUUUGCUAGAUCUUGUCUUGACUUGAAAAACCAAGGAAUCCAAGUAGAUGGAAUUUUCACAAUCAAACCGGAUAACAAUUCAGAAAUACAGGCAUAUUGCGAUAUGUCAACUGACGGUGGAGGAUGGACUUUAGUAGCAAGUGUUCACGAGGAUGAUAUUGAAACAAAAUGUGGAUCUGAUGAUUUCUGGUCAAGCUAUGUUCCUGAAAACCAACAAGCUCACGCAGGUGUGAGCAACUGGGAAAAUGAAAACGUUUUUGGGGAGAUAAAUAAAUGUACAAGCAGUGAUUAUAAAAACUCGGCUUACUUUUCGCUCAAUGCUUCGGACGUUAUGAUGUGGCAAACUCUGGAAGGAUCGUCCGUUGCGCAUAUGAAAGAAAAUUCCACUUUAAGAUACAGAACAAACAAUAAGUUCAUGACAAACUACGGAGGAAAUCUAAAAUAUCUAUAUGAAAAUCAUUUACCAUUGAAAAUUACUUCAGAAAAGAGAACAGCAAAAUUGCUAGAUGCUUUGGUGAAUAAAGCUGAUGAAAUGAAGUCGAAAAUUCCUGAUUGGUAUGAAUACACGUACUCCAACACGUACCAAAUAUCAAACUCAAUGCUGUACAACUCAUAUGGAAAUCUGAUAACAUUCGCAAGUUCGUACAGAUCACAAGGCAACCUGUUUUAUCAAAAGAAAUACCGAUUCGUUCGCUCCAACACCUAUUUGAACACGAGCAAGACCCAGCCUUUUAUCAAGGUAUCUGUGAUAUCAAACGAUGACAGGAAGAGCUCAUACUUCUACACACAAGUAUAUUCUCGUCAAGACUCAUUGACGGCAAAGAGUCAGUUGGAAAACACAAUUUCAAAAGGAAAUUAUGAAAUACAGUACAGUGCAACUCAAUUUACACAUCCUUCGAAAGCCACAGUUUGCGAAUAUAAUUUUUUUGUUUCCAACAUUAGAGAUUGGAAAUCGUAUAAACCCACAUCCAUUGUUGACAAUCAUUAUAUAUAUUCAUCUUCCCGAAAUAUACGAUGUACUGCAAAUGGAAACCCAUCUAAUAUCGUAAUGGGAUAUCUCAUGCUUACGAGGAAAAAUGGAUUUAACUUCACAGUUGAUCAACUAGACAAAGUAUCAAACGUAAUUUUAACAGCGGUUGAAUCUGUGAAAGAUUUAUUUAACGAAUUCCCAGGGAACGAUGCUGCUAUAUCACCAGUUACAUUUGACAAAGGAAACAUUGACUUGAUUGUAAACAUGACUCCACCUAGUAUGCGUCCAUGUGUCGAACCAGGAUAUCUGCAGUUUCGAGCCUACAAUUUGACUGGAUAUCCAAAUGCAAUUUGUCCGGGAGUCAAAGUGAAAACUGUUUCACCGGAAUACGUAUGUAUUGGAGGAUUGUCUGGGGAUGUCAGAAAUUAUGGCACUUGUGGAGAUUAUGCAGGUUGGUCUGGGAAAUCCGGUGACACGAUUCAGCCAUCAAUACCAUAUGGAUAUGCACAUUCCAGAAAAGAUAUAUCCUCUGUUAUCCUGAUAUUUUAUCGCUGAAUGCAGUUUUUUUCAAUGUAUAGUUCUGCUUGAUGCUUUUGAGAAUCAAUAUAUAAUUGCAUAUAUUUCUC